GCAAACAAGAACGCACGCACUACCGCCGGCGCUAGGCAAAAGCCAAGGAGCGGAGUUCUGACGUUCAUGCCAACCAAGGAGCGGAGCUCUGACGUUCAUGCAAAACCAAGCAUAAAAGGGUCUGACGUUCAUGCGAACCCGGCGCAAGCAACAACUCUGGCGAUCAUAGUGAACCCGGCGAAAGCAACAACUCCGACAUUCACGCAAAACCCGACGCAGGCAAGAAGGAACAAGGACUUGACCGUCAUCUUCUGUCCGUGGGACAAACGAGCUAUGGCGGGACCGAAUUGCUUCACUCACCGUCAAUAA